CGAACAAGCGCUAUCCAUUACCGCACUUGCGCUGUAAAAGCCUUUAUUAAUCCUGUGUUACCAAUCCAUAUCUCCGCUCCAUCUCCUAACAAGAACCUUACCUUAGCACACCUCACGAAUCUAAUUUGUAAUCCUAAACCACACUCAUUCCGACCAUUGACUUACUUCACCGCCCAUAUCUGGCCCUUAGAACGGUGAAAUUUAUGUUGCAACCUUGGAAGUUCCUUUAAGAGACCCUGCAUUCUACACUAGUUGCCCCUCGUUUUCCUGCAUCAGUGUUACCCCACCGAAAAUACUUCUCGUCAACAUCGUCGCCUCUCAAGUUAAUCAACGCGACAAACUUUCCACCACAGUUCUUAACUUGGAGGCGCAACGAGCGCACAUCACCUUCACCAUGUCACCGUCAAUCGUCACUAUUGAUAACACGUCUGAUUUUGACGUAUUCCCAUCAAACACGGCACAGAAUGGCUCCUCUAAUGCCCGAACACUUCUCCUAGCCCCGCCUUCUAUCGCUAGCCACGAGGAGAAAUUACGAGGUGUUUUAGCUGCCCAUGACCGAUCUGUUACCGACUUGCAGAUGCUUGACCGUCUCUCAGCUGGCUUUGUCAACCUGCCCGAAGCUACGUACGACCUCAUCCUAGUUUUGACCGACGCCGACGGUACACGAUCCGAAUCCACUCUCCUCCUCAACCGUGACGUUUUUGCCAAGAUCGUACCAACACUGAAAGUGGGCGGCAAAAUUCAAGCGCAGGAUGGAUCUCUAGCGCAAAACAGCCAAGCACCUGAUGCGCGAGAGGCAUUGUUGUCUGGAUUGUUACCUGGGACUGAUGGCUUCACAAAGCCAGACAAUGGAGCUAGUACUGCCGUUCCCCUUAAGCUAGGGUUUGGCAAGAACAAGAAGAGAAGUGCUGCUGGUCCUGCUAUGAAGCAAGUCACCGUUCACCAAACCAACGGCAAGGAUACGAGCCUCGACAUGGUGCCCCCUGCUGUUAAGCCGGUACCUGCUGGCGUCGGCUUCGUAGAUUUCACCAGUGACUUUGGCAUUCCCGAAGACGAGGGCGAUGAUGAGUUGAUUGAUGAGGAUACCUUGCUGACGGAGGAGGAUUUGAACAAGCCACUGGCAAUUCCUGCGGAAUGCGUACCCAAGGUUGGCAAACGACGACGUGCUUGCAAGGACUGCACCUGUGGUCUUGCCCAGAGGAUUGAGGCCGAGGACAAAGCCAAGAGAGAGCAAGCAGAUGCGAAACUCGAAUCCCUUAAGCUCACCUCCAACGAUCUAACUGAAGUCGAUUUCACUGUGAAGGGGAAAGUCGGAUCGUGUGGUAACUGUUCCCUGGGUGACGCUUUCCGCUGCGAUGGAUGUCCGUACAUCGGAUUGCCAGCCUUCAAGCCCGGAGAGGAGGUACGACUGCUCAAUAACGUUGUGCAGCUAUGAAAGGAGCAUUAGGCAUUGGGCGUUUAUUUUCUUCGGUUCGGUCAACUUGGUCUUUGGGAUAUACCCGCCAAGCCACGUAGGGACACGGACUUGACAAGGCUACCGUCGGAGCAUUCUGCGAGUUGGAUGGGAUUUGGCUCGCGUCAUACGCAUGAGGAAACCGGCGUUACUGGGUAUCAAAAGCACUGAUGCGGAUUACACGAGAUAUUGGGCAGAGCAAUCACGGGACAGUGCAAACUCAUAAGGUAAUAAAUGAUUGGAGGUCAAAUCAAAAUUGAAUUUCGGUAAUGCACGCAUUGUGUAGAUGUCUUGUUUCGUGUCAAGAACCGAUCGGCUUCGCGUGUCUGUAUCAUUCAUAUCUAUCCCCUAUGCCAUCUCCUCGUUUCGAAAUAGUCUUUCUAAUAAUGCCACCUUGAACAUUAGAUUGGUUUCUUUUUUUUUUUUAAAAAAAAAAAAAAAA